AUGAAACCAUUCACAGAUGAAGAUGUAGAAGUCUACAUCCAGAGCAAGGUGGAACGGCGACAUUGUCUGGUUUCCAAAGCAGUGGAGGAGGUGCAGAAAAUCAUCCAGCAACUGACUGCAGAAAUCAGCUAUAAGGCAACGCGAUUCCAGGCUAUCUCCAACUCUGGCAUUCACAAUGAGAAUAUUAAGGAUCAGCCAGCUUUACUGGCCAAGUGGUCAGCUAUGCUUCAGGGGAAGCGCCCAUUCUACCCAUCCAUCCAGGUCUUAGCACCCAGCCAAUUCCUCGUCACAGUCCCUCUGCGUGGCCUGACUGGGUACAGGGAACGCCAGGUACGGCACUGGCGUUAUUACACCGUGCAUGGAGCCAAGCUCCUCUCUUCCGUGCGGGACCCUGAGGAACUGCAUCAAUGGCUAGAGGUGGAGCAGUUCUCAAAAAGCCUUCGGCAGUGGCAUGAGAAGGACGUGAACAUCGAAGGUGAUCUGGUUCCAGCCAAAGUCCUUAUCGUCUUCCGGGAGCUGGUGGAGAAGUCAAUUAUCUCCUGUAACCUCUCCAGUAAAGUGACAGUGCUGGAGAGCUUCAGCUCACUGGUCCGAGUGGCUGUGGAGACAUCAGAAUCCCAGGUUGAGGUGGAGCUGGUCCCUGCUGUGGAGAUUCCAACUUGCUGGCCCAAGAAAGCCCAGUGGCCUCAUUGCCUUAAGCAUUGGCCUUCCCAGGAAAAAGUGCAGUGCAUCAAGUCACUUGGUUUUGACCUUUUGGCCCGCUCCAAUUAUCACUGGCAGCUGUGCUUCUCCCGUGCUGAGCGUAUACUCAUGGAAGGACUUGAUGAAGAUGGUGGUUGUCGCAUGAAGUGCUUCAGGGUCUUGAGGCAGAUGAAGGAAGAUGUGUGGUGUGCUGGAAAUAAGCCUGUCAUCACAGCUUAUCACCUUCAG